UGAAACAGGGCAAGCCCUACAUGUUCGACCGUGUGCUGCCGCCGAACACGUCGCAGGAGCAAGUGUACGACCAGUGUGCCAAACAGAUCGUCAAAGAUGUGCUGGGCGGUUACAACGGGACCAUCUUCGCCUACGGGCAGACGUCCUCUGGGAAGACACACACCAUGGAGGGCAAACUGCACGACCCCCAGCUGAUGGGGAUCAUCCCCCGCAUCGCCCGCGACAUCUUCGACCACAUCUACUCCAUGGACGAGAACCUCGAGUUCCACAUCAAGGUCUCUUAUUUUGAAAUCUACUUGGACAAGAUCAGAGACCUGCUGGACGUGUCCAAGACGAAUCUCGCAGUGCACGAGGACAAAAACAGAGUUCCCUACGUCAAGGGUUGUACUGAGCGUUUUGUGUCCAGUCCAGAGGAGGUGAUGGAUGUCAUUGACGAGGGCAAAGCCAAUCGGCACGUGGCAGUGACCAACAUGAAUGAGCACAGCUCUCGCAGCCACAGCAUCUUCCUCAUCAACAUCAAGCAGGAAAACAUCGAGACGGAGAAGAAACUGUCGGGGAAGCUGUACCUGGUCGACCUGGCUGGCAGCGAGAAGGUCAGUAAGACGGGAGCUGAGGGAGCUGUGCUGGAUGAGGCAAAGAACAUCAACAAAUCUCUGUCAGCGCUGGGGAACGUCAUCUCAGCUCUGGCCGAGGGAACGAAAACCCACGUGCCGUACAGAGACAGCAAGAUGACUCGGAUCCUGCAGGACUCUCUGGGAGGAAACUGUCGCACCACCAUCAUCAUCUGCUGCUCGCCGUCCAUCUACAACGAAGCCGAGACCAAGUCCACGCUAAUGUUCGGACAGAGAGCCAAGACCAUCAAGAACACGGUGUCUGUCAACCUGGAGCUGACGGCCGAGGAGUGGAAGAAGAAAUACGAGAAGGAGAAGGAGAAGAACAAGAGCCUGAAAAGCACCAUCCAGAAGCUGGAGGCCGAACUCAACCGCUGGAGGAAUGGGGAGAACGUUCCCGAGGAGGAGCAGCAGCUGAGCGCCAAAGAUCAGAAGAGCGUCGAGCCGUGCGACAACACUCCCCUCAUCGACAACCUGCUGCCGGCCGGAGGAGGCGUCUCGGUGUCCGGCGAGGAGCGGCGCAAGUACGAGGAGGACAUCAGCAACCUGUACAAACAGCUGGACGACAAGGAUGAUGAGAUCAACCAACACAGUCAGCUGGCUGAGAAACUCAAGGAGCAGAUGUUGGAUCAGGAAGAGCUGCUGGCAUCAACGCGGCGCGACUACGAGAAGAUCCAGGAGGAGCUGUGCCGCCUGCAGACGGAGAACGAGCUGGCCAAGGAGGAGGUGAAGGAGGUGCUGCAGGCCUUGGAGGAGCUGGCCGUCAACUACGACCAGAAGAGCCAGGAGGUGGAGGAGCGAGACCAAACCAACCUGCAGCUGGCUGAGGAGCUGCAGCACAAGACGGCGUUGCUGUUGGCGGUGCAGAGGGAGCUGAGUCAGUUGCAGGAGCUGAACGGCCUGCAGAGGAAGCGGGCCGCGGAGGUCCUCAACAUGCUGCUGCGAGACCUCAGCGACAUCGGCGCCAUCAUCGGCACCAGUGACGUCAAGGCCACCACGUCCUCGGAGACGAAGGGGAACGGCUCGGCAGUGGAGGAGGAGUUCACCGUCGCUCGCCUCUACAUCAGCAAGAUGAAGUCCGAGGUCAAGUCUCUGGUCAACCGCAGCAAGCAGCUGGAGAGCGCUCAGGCCGACACCCACCGCAAGAUCCAGGCCAAUGAGAAGGAGCUGGCAUCCUGUCAGCUGCUCAUCUCCCAGCACCAGGCCAAGAUCAAGUCUCUGACCGACUACAUGCAGAACAUGGAGCAGAAGAAGAGGCAGCUGGAGGAGAGGCAGGAUGCUCUGACUGAGGAGCUCACCAAACUGCAGGCCCAGGAGAAGAGAAACGAGAUGUCUGGGCUGGAGAAGGAGGACAUCAGCAGGCUGGACGGAGGCGUCCUCCAGAAAACACUGGAGGAGCAGCUGGAGAACCACAGGGAGGCUCAGCAGAAGCAGCUCAGCCGCCUCCGAGACGAGAUCGAAGACAAGCAGAGGAUGCUGGACGAGCUGACGGAUCUAAACCAGGGUCUGUUGCUGGAGCAGGAGAGGCUGAUGUCUGAGUACGACAAACUGAAGGUUGAAGAGCAGGAGAAGGACGCCAAGCUACAGAAACUCAUGCUGCUGAAUGAACAGAGGGAACAGGCCACAGAGGACCUGAAGGGGCUGGAGGAGACUGUGGCCAAAGAGCUGCAGACUCUUCACAACCUCCGCAAACUCUUCAUUCAGGACCUCACCGCACGGGUUAAGAAAAGCGCCGAGUUGGACUGUGAGGAGGGACUUGGCAACGUCGCUCAGAAACAAAAGAUCUCCUUCCUGGAGAAUAACUUGGAGCAGCUCACCAAGGUCCACAAGCAGCUGGUUCGAGACAACGCGGACCUUCGCUGCGAGCUGCCCAAGCUGGAGAAGCGACUUCGCGCUACGGCCGAGCGAGUCAAAGCCCUGGAGAACGCCCUGAAGGAGGCCAAGGAGAACGCCAUGAGGGACCGCAAGCGUUACCAGCAGGAGGUCGACCGCAUCAAAGAGGCUGUGCGGGCCAAGAACAUGGCCAGGAGGGGUUACUCUGCUCAGAUCGCGAAACCCAUCCGUCCGGGCCAUCAUCCACUGUCAUCCCCUAUCAGCAGCUGCAUCAGAGCCGGAGGCAUCUACACCCACAACAAAUAAAACCACGACAGCAAGUUAAUCCUACAGACCAUACACAACUCUCAAAGCAUGCCAACCACCCCACCUGGAACCACAAGCCCCACCCCUCCUGUUGGCGCAACAGCGGGAGGCCAUCACAACAGACUGCCAUCGCUCGGAGAAUCCAAACAUCCGUAGUCCAUAUACUGAUAUGAGAUGUAAAUACAUUUAAUUGAAUGUAGAUAUCAGAGGCCUCAUUUAUAACUUGUGGUGUUUAUAUCCAAAAUUACGCUCCCGAUUAUAGAUGAUUUCACUUGUACUCAUAAAAAAAGAAUAAAGCACUGCAAUUAUAAAUGAGGCCCUGAGUUAUGACAGGAAUUAGAAGUUUAGCAGGUGACUCGUUGCAUCAUUUUGUUUCUGAUUUAUAU